AUGAUUGAGGAUAAUUUGAUAACGCGUAUUUGCGUUCGAAUUUUCGCUUGGAUUUAUUCUUUUGCUAUCCCCAUAGUAUCAUUCAUUUAUUAUAUUUACUAUGUAACUCAAAGGAAAUCUUUACUUGUUGAGUGGCUUCCUGGCACCUUUUCCACCGAAUUUUUGAAUUCUUCUCUUUCUGGUUUUUUACAUUAUUGGCUUGGAUUUGAGCUAAUAUUUCUACUAUAUUUCCAAGUUACUAAGUCGAGAUUUCAAAGCCAUUUACCUCCUGUUGUACCAUCUAAACAGAUACGACAUGAGCUUCAUAAUUUUUUUUUCUGUACUAUCGAUAAAUUCGAAAACUGGCUCGAAGGUUGGUUUAAUGUCGGUCACAAGAGGUCUACCUUUAAUCAAAUUUACAGGGAUAACUUUGCCGAAUGGAUAUCUUGGAGCUUCUUUUCUACUAGCCUGGAAAAUAUUCGCAACCAUCCUGAAUAUUCAAAGGAAAUGUAUGAAAUGAUUGAAUCAAUAGAAAAACGUAGAAAUGUUAAGUUUCAUCAAGGAUACAAUCCGAAUUGUGAAUGUAUUAAGCUCACCCUAGACCCGGUUGAAGCUAUUCCUAGGCCUUUCGUUUUUUAUGCUACUAUCUUCUUAUUGAGUUCCGCAUUCAAUAUCCUCUUAAAACUUUAUGGAUUCGAACAUUUUGGUUCAAAAGAAAGUAUCUUGAACGGUUACUGGUCAAGUACCUUGGAAUUUGAUAUUCAAGAAGGUAGUCCACCAUCAAGAAUCAGCUAUUGGUAUUACGACCCUCAUUCUUGCUGCGAUUCCUUCCCACUAAAAAAAAAAAAGGAACGUCAGAAACCAAUCGUUUUUAUUCAUGGUGUUGGUGGUGGUUUAUUUUGUUAUUUUAAUUUCAUCAAAAGAUUGUGGAAAUUGGAUCGUCCUUUGUUUCUGGUUGAAUUACCUUAUGUCUCAAUGCAGAUGGUUGAAGACGUUCCAACAAUGGAGGAAACUGUUCGUGAAAUUGAAGAAAUGCUUAUCUCUCGAAAUUAUCCAAAAGCUAUAUUUGUUGCCCAUUCGUUAGGCACCGCUGUAUGUGCUUGGAUGAUAAAAGAGGCCAGGAAACGUAUUAGCGCAGAAAAGGAUAAUAUUGUCCCUUCGAAGGAGGUUUACAAAUACCUUUCUAAAAAUACUGUAAAUGUUCACAUGAUGCGCAAAUUGGAUCACGCGAGUUUCUUGUUUAAUACUCAUUGGGAAGAUCGAAUAAUUAGCAGCGUUUUGAAAUGUUGUAAUUCUAGAAGGUCUUGA